UCCUGCGCUGUACGUUCAUAUUCGAUUGUGUGUUUUCUUGCCUCAAUCAAUGGAUGUGACAGACUUACCCGCACGAAGAUAGUGGUAUUUGCUGGCCAAAUCUGUUAUUCCUCGUCCCAAACAUCCACGGCCUCAUCGCUAAAUUCCACUGCGAUGCCUGCGGUUUCACACAUGUUCUCCUUGUUCUUCUUACUUUCUAUUUUUCUUGGUGGGAUGUGCUUUCCUCUAGAUCGAAGAGACAAAACCAACAAUUAUCGAUCUGUGCCCAUUUCUAUAAGAACAAUGAAGAUGCAAGACGGUUCAAAGGAAUCUGCAAUAUGCUUCGGAACGCAGUACUUUCUGACUGCUAUCAAAGAUCCUGAGAAUCCAAACCAAUUCAAAGGAUCUAGUGUCCAAAAGAAACCAAACAUCAGCAUCAAACAGUAUACUGUGGCUACUGCUGAUUUUGGAUAUAAAACCACGGAACAGUUCAAGUCUGCCAUAGAGUAUCUUGGCGGACAUUCCGCAAGCUCGUCGUUAUUAUGGAUGCACGAAACACUGACAAAGAUGGUGGAAGGCAAAUAUAUCCGUGAAAUACCAAAGGCAUGGACUACAGCAUUAGAACAACAGGGUUUUAAUGAAAAUGCGAAUUGGUUGGGAAACACAGGUGCUGGGAGUUCGAAUGGUGAAGCUGUAAGGAACCCAGGUGGCAAACAGGCGGGCAACGGCGGGGGGGGUCAAGAGGUCGAAGGUUCGCGAGAAUCCACUACGCGAUCCUGAUGUAAUCCUUAUCGAGAAUGACAAAGAAUAGGACCACAGUCUUAUGAUUAGUUUAACCAUUCAAAUUUCGCAUUUCACUUAUACCUCGUGCCCCCUCAACAAGGUAAUUUGUUCGAAUCUCCUUACUAGUUCGAGGGUCGCCGUUUUCACACGGCUUUGUUAACCAUGGAGCAAAAGAAUCAGGUCAGGUCCAGGGUGCAUUAGAAUCGAAGAGUGGGCACAAUGUUCAAGCAAAAUUUUGCCAGAUCUUCCGCUCUUCCUGAGCAUAAAUUAAAGGACUGACAUGUGUACUUGAGAUAUAAAUCAAUGCCCUUCACUUGAGCAUACUCCUCCAAGCUACCAACGCUUUCCUAU